UCCCGUGCGCGGAGCAGCCGGACGCGCGCUCCCCGUGGCGUACUAGAGAGAGGGGGAAAGCCGCAUGGUGGUGGUGGGAAGAAUGAUUUAACGUAGAAGGAAACCCUAGUAGGCUGGCUGGCUCGUCAUCUUCAAGUAAAUCCACGAAAAGUCAGAGUUGGUGGCGACGGGUCAACGUGUGCAGUUUUACGGCCAGAUUGGAAACGUGCUCGGUCGCAGCCAGGUGCCUAAGAUAAGACGCUGCACACACGGGUCUCCUCAACGGGGUUUGUGCUUUUUUUCCAGCACAUGCAUGGGAUUUAUUUUUAAAACGCGUUAACAACACAGAUGUUAACCGGCGGCGGUUCCUGGAGCGCCUCUCCGCGCCGAGCCCGUUAAUGCGGACGCGAUCGCGGCGGAGCCCCUUCUGUCCGUUUCCUCCGUGUUUAUAAUGCGGCUUCCCGGAUCUGAAGAACCAAGCGACGAGCAAGGAGGAGGGAGACGCCGUUGACGAGCCAUCGGGAAGCCGGCAAUCCUUUUUUCCCCCCACCGGUUACAGGCUACUCCUCCGGUGAGUCAGUAUCAUGGAUGCAGGCAGCGGGUCUGCUGCGGCAGUAGGCAGUGCAGCGCUGGGAGUUCUGGGUGCAUCAGGGAGCCACGACACUCCUGACAGGGGUCUGAGACUCUUCCGUCACUCGCAGGAGGAUGACAUCGUGCCCGAGCUAACCAGGAGCAUCCACCCUCGAGAGAGGCCGGACUGGGAGGAGACCAUCAGCGCCAUGGCGCGGAGCGCCGAGAUCCCGGAGCUGAGCACGGAGCCGCUCCUGAGGGCCUGCAGCAGCACUGCUAGCAUGAAGGUCAAGAACGUCAAGAAGCUGUCUUUCACAAAGGGCCACUUUCCCAAGCUAGCAGAAUGCGCCCACUUCCACUACGAGAACGUCGACUUCGGAACGAUACAGCUGGCGCUGGCAGACGAGCAGAAUGAAGGGACCCGGAAUGGCCUGGAGACCAAGGAGCUGGUGUACCUAGUCCAGAUCUGCUGCCAGGGCCGGAGCUGGAUUGUGAAACGCAGCUAUGAAGAUUUCCGCGUCCUCGAUAAGCACCUCCAUCUGUGUAUCUAUGACCGCCGCUUCUCCCAGCUCCCGGAGCUGCCUCGAUUUGACAGCCUGAGGGACCGUGCCGAGGCAGUGCACCACAUGCUGAUGGCCUACCUCUCCCGGCUCUCCGCCAUUGCCGACAACAAGAUCAACUGUGGGCCUGCGCUCACAUGGAUGGAGAUUGAUAAUAAGGGGAACCAUCUGCUGGUCCAUGAAGAGUCCUCCAUCAAUGUUCCGGCCAUCGCCGCUGCCCACGUCAUCAAGCGCUACAUCGCACAGGCAGCGGACGAGCUCUCUUUCGAGGUUGGCGACAUCGUCUCUGUGAUCGACAUGCCCCCCAAAGAAGACACCAGCUGGUGGCGUGGAAAACACGGCUUUCAGGUCGGUUUCUUUCCCAGUGAGUGCGUGGAGCUGAUAAACGACAAGGUUCCCCAUUCAGUCACCGGCUCCAUGCCCAAACCAGCAUCCCCCAGCUCUGGUCUGCGGCCGGCCUCCUGGAGCUUCUUCCCACCCUACUUGGAGAUGGAGAACGUAAAGCAGGAUAGUGUUUGGGUUCCUGACCCUCUAAACCACUACAGGCCCAACUCAGUAUCCAAGAAGCACGGGAAGCUGAUCACGUUCCUCCGCACCUUCAUGAAGUCCCGGCCCACCAAGCAGAAGCUGAAGCAACGUGGAAUCCUCCGGGAGAGGGUGUUUGGCUGCGACCUGGGCGAGCACCUACUCAACUCGGGCCAUGACGUUCCCCAGGUACUCAAGAGCUGCACCGAGUUCAUCGAGAAGCACGGGGUGGUGGACGGCAUGUACCGCUUGUCCGGAAUCGCCUCGAACAUACAGAAACUUCGGCACGAGUUUGACUCUGAGCAGAUCCCUGACCUGACCAAGGAUGUGUAUAUUCAGGACAUUCACUGCGUGGGCUCCCUCUGUAAGCUCUACUUCCGCGAGCUGCCCAACCCACUGCUCACCUACCAGCUUUAUGAGAAGUUCUCGGAGGCCGUGUCGGCAGCCACCGAUGAGGAGCGGCUCAUCAAGAUCCAUGAUGUCAUCCAACAGCUGCCGCCUCCACAUUACAGAACCCUUGAGUUCCUCAUGAGGCACUUGUCCCACCUGGCAACAUUCAGCUAUGUCACCAACAUGCACAUCAAAAACCUAGCCAUCGUCUGGGCGCCCAACCUUCUCCGGUCCAAGCAGAUUGAGUCGGCCUGCUUCAGCGGCACGGCGGCCUUCAUGGAGGUGCGCAUCCAGUCCGUGGUCGUGGAAUUCAUCCUCAACCACGUGGACGUGCUCUUUAGCCCCAAGCUCAGCUCGCUGAUCCGAGAGGGCGCCGGCCAUAAUUCCCUGUCCCGGCCCAAGUCCCUGUUGGUGUCCUCGCCCUCCACCAAGCUGCUGACUCUGGAGGAGGCCCAGGCGCGCACCCAGGCCCAGAUAAACUCCCCCGUCACCGCUGAUAGCAAAUACAUCGAGGUGGGGGAGGGACCUGCCGCCCUCCAGGGCAAGUUCCAUACAGUCAUCGAGUUUCCCACCGAGAGGAAGAGGCCCCCUAUCAAAUCAAAGAAGUCCCCGGUGGGUAGCUGGCGGUCCUUCUUCAGCCUGGGAAAGUCCUCGUCUAUGGCCAAACGCAAGCUGCAGCGCAACCCCAGUGAGCCCAAUGAGCUGAAGGCCAUGGCGCUAGCGGGAGGCAGAGGAGAUACAGGGACUAUGCGCUCCGCCAAAAGCGAAGAGUCUCUCACCUCACUGCACAAUGUGGAAGGCGAGUCGAAGGUGUACCGCCCCCGCAGACCUCGCUCCAGCAGCGACGCCCUGUCCGCCUCUUUCAACGGCGACUUGCUGGAUGGGCGGCACCACUGCAAUUCGUACGACAACCUGGGCCAGGGGGACAGCGACGGCGAUGAAGGCCCCAUCUGCGUGCCGGCCCUCAUCUCGCCUCCACGUUCUGCCGAGGACGUGGACCUCAGCCCCCCCGACAUCGGUGUGGCCUCUCUGGACUUCGACCCCAUGUCCUUCCAGUGUAGUCUACCCCUCGGUGAGCCGUCAUUUCCCUCCCCAGAGUCGGGGGGGGAGGCCGGCGGUCUAAGGAUGAGUCCAGGGGCCAGCUUCUCAGAACCGGUCUCCCCCUCCCCAGAGAAAGCCUCGAGCCCUUUCUUGGCGUCUCCCGACUUCAGUCCAGCUCUGGGGGCUCAAGCGGAAAGCAAGAAGCAUGCCACCGCCACCCUCGCUGAAAAUGUGGUGCAAGCUUUCUCCCCUAAAACGUCCCAGAAGAGCAUCAAGCUGCCCCCUUUGGCUGUCUCUGAGCCUGCAGCGGCAUCCACUCCAAAGCAAACCCCCGAGACAGAUGGUCCCCAGCCCCCUUCCCCCGCCCAGGCUCCCCAGGGCUCUCUGGUCCCCCCACCCGACAUGAUUGCCAUGCUGCUAAAGACCAACGAGGCUGCCCCAAGUGAAGGCAGCCUGCCGGCGCCGCCCGGGAAGGUCCCUGAGAACAGAGACCACAUCAAAGAAUGCACAGAAGCUUCCGGACCCACCGGGCCUGUCUGCCCUCCAGCGCAGCAAGGUCAGUGGACAGCAGGAGCCGUAGCUAUGGAUUCUUCACAGGCCCCUGCCCCUGUAAGUUCAGUGUCCCUUCUCCCACCGCCUCCCCCUCCAAAGAACGCGGCCCGCAUGCUCGCCCUGGCCCUGGCUGAGUCUGCCCAGCAAGCCAGCUUUUUCACCCAGAGACGGUCCUCGGGUCCCCCAACUCCUAUGUCCCCCCUCGAUACCCUGGAGUGGCCACCACCGCCUCCCCUCCCCCCCCCAGCAACCCCUGAAUUGGUGACGGAUAGGGACGCGUCCCUGAUGCCAACCUUCUCUUCCCCUCCCACUACUGCAUCACCUGCCGAGAGCCACGCACUAGUGGCCAGCUCCUACCUUACCCAGUCCAACAGUACAUGGCCACCCGCGGCAUCCAACGCUAACCAGGAGAAUGGCAGUGCGCCCGUCGCCGCGAGUGACUCCUCAACAGAGUCUGUCAAGGGUACCUCUCCUGCUACCCCCCAAGCCCCUCAAAUAUCUCUAUCUCAAAAAAGUCCAGAAAGGCAGCAGCCUGCCCUGGGCCAAGUUCCUGUGACCAGCUAUUCUAGCACCACUACUGCCAGCACCGGCAUCAGCCCAUCCACCUCCACCACCGCCUCUACUACCACCACCACUAACAAUGAUUUGGGAGCCAUGCCACAUAUGGAGACACGGGUUGGUGUAGACGUCACACAGAGUAUUCCAAAACCCGCAGAGCAGUCUACCACGACUGUGCAGCCGCCGGCCAACACCUGGACCGCUGCCGUUCCGACUACGCCCACUGAACAAGCGGAUAAGCCCUGGGAAGCUCCGAAGGCAGCCCACCCUCGGACAGAUCCGGUACCGGUGUAUCAAGGCUAUGGGCCCACGCCGCCAACACCGCCUGUGCGCUCCAUCGAGAGCAAGCUGGCCACUGCAGCUCUCUCCAACACGGAGGCAGCCAAUGCUUCCAACUUCCAUACGAUCCUGGCAGAAGCUGCCAUACCAUCCUCAGUGGAGGAGGCCCUUCCGCAGCCUCCCCGGCCGCCACGGAAACCUUCAGUCCUCCAGCCCACCUACAUGUACCACCCAAAGGCAGAGAUCGCGUUGGAGGCUGCAGCUGAGGCAUAUUACCACCAGAGGGCGAUGCCGGUGAGCCAGCCUUCAAUGGCGUAUCACUAUCGGCCUGACAGCGUGCCGCCACAUUUGUCCUACGCUUCUAAAUCAGAGCCUCAGAUUAUCUAUAGCACUCGUUCUGACGGCCGCUACAAUACCAUUGGACCAAGAUCUUUCCAUCAAUCCAUCAAAUCCCGUGGCCCUCACAGGGGAGAGUACAUUCCGGGCGGGUCGUCUGGACACCGGAGUCAGGGUUAUGGGCCCAUGGACAGUGCCAUGGUGUACCCCACCAUCCGCCGGGUCCACUCUCUGCAUGUGCCACCUACUGCCAUCCGCUCCGUGCCAAUCACACGAACUGAGGUGCCGCCAGAAGAUGAGCUCUAUUACUACCAGCGGCCGAUCUACCAGUGCAAGCCAUACCAGCAGCCUGUGCAGUCAGACUACCACGUAACCCAGCUGCAGCCCUACUUCGAGAAUGGCCGAGUGCAGUACCGUUACAGCCCCUACUCUAGCGCCAGCCCCCUGGAUGCGCCCUACUAUGAUGUGGACCCGUAUGGGACCAUCCGGCUGCGACACUUUCACUCCUUCAGCAGCCGAGACCUUGCCCCGCCCCUUAACAGAGCGGGUGCCAAAGCUGGGAACUACCACUACUUAUCGCGUCACGUCCUGCCCAGUGGUAGGGAGCACAGUUUUGUGAGCAGGGACAUGCCCCCCUCCCACAGCUCGAAGGGGGCUUCAGUUUACCUGGCUAUGGAUCCCGAGGAGUCUGAGAGACUCCGCAUGCACUCCGUCCGACGGGAAAACAGGGCCAGGCAAAAAGCGAAAGGCCCGGUUAUGUCUCAGUAUGAUAACGUGAGUCCCUUCAUUCCCGGAGAUCCGGGAGGAAUGGAAGUCCUGCAUCUCCGCAGCAAAUCUGAUCCGGGAAAAACGGUCUUGAUGACUGCCGAGGGUAAAGAUGGGCGGUAUGGCGUCACUCCGGCCUCUCAGCAUCCUCCCAGGCACCUGCUGUCCGACCCCGACGUCUUCAUGUACAUGGAAACCGAGAAGCACUACCAGGGCAAUGGAACGGCUGACAAGCCAGCUGUACCGCUCAAGCCAAGUGGCUCCCAUAGCAACCAAACCGGAUAUCAUCAUCCGCAACAUCCACACCAGCCUCCGCCCCAGCCGGCUCCGCGGACCCUCCCUCCGCAUCAGGAGCCAAGCCGUCCAGAAUCCAAAGGCGAUCCAGGAGACAGCAAGCAAGGAGGUGGCGGCAGCAGGCAUUGGCCAGAAUGCCCCGAGCCCCGGGGGCACCCAUCUCGCUAUGAGCGUUCUGACCAGGACAGGCAUGCAAUUAGGAUCGCACCCGUAUCCACCAGCGGCUACCCCGAAGAAGAGCCACAGGUAGCCCCUGUGAAACCCGUCCCCCCUCCCAAGCCUGAGAGGUCCCACAGCAUGCGAGAGCGGCACCACUACCACCAGUCCAAUCCCUCCACCGUUCACCUGCAGGAGAAUCCCGAAAGGGAGCACUGCGGGUCUUAUUCCUACCAGCCUCACGGGCAGAGACACAGCACCAUGACCAUGCUAUCGCACUACGACAAUCUGGAUGACUAUCACCCUGUCUCUCAGACACAGACACAGUCACAGACUCCGGUCUCCAGCCGAGGAGGCACUGUUCCUUACGCAACCCCGGGAUUCACAACCCCACAGAGCGCUCGUGCAUAUUCCACUGCCCUGGGGCAGGGGGCCUUCCUCCCAGCUGAGCUGUCCCUCCAGAGGCCUGAGACAGAAAUACAUGCUGAGUGACAGACUUACAAAUAAACUGACUAGUUAAGACAAAUUAAUAAAAAAUAAUUAAAAAAAUGAACAAAAAAAUUCAGUAAAUUCAGCAGCCUCUGCAGGACAGUGGACUGUCUGCGUUUGCCUUUCUUUCUUUGUAUUUUUAAAGAAAUGUAAAGAAAAUUACAAAGACUUUUUACCUGAUCUGAAUGUACCAUAAUUUCUUCCAUUGUCUAGAAUGCCACACAGCUGUUACUUAUCAUAUAUGUAUAUAUGUGUUUAACAAAUGGUACAUAAAAUCAAAAAUAUAGAAAUAGGGGGAACUAUUGCUUAUAAGGGAUUUUUCGGGUGGGUGGGGGCAGGUAAUGGGAUUUAAGGUUUGCAUUUCAGAAAUGCAUGUACACUAUUUCUCACAGUACAGUUCUGUGUACAUCAGCCUACAUUGUGUACUUUCUAGAUGUUGCAGAUGGAGGAUGGAAUGUAUAUGUGAUCAUGCCCUUCCAUUCCUCUGAGUACAUGCUUGGCCGGUGCAUUCGGUGGUCUUGACGUCUGUGCAUUGGGUUGGGGGCCCACAACCACGAGUUACAGAGAGGCCAAGGUCACUUCUGAAAACAAGUGGUUCUCCACCGCUGGGCCGUGACUGCACCCGCCGUUUACUGCGUGACAGCAUGACAUUUUAAAAUCUCCUCUGUUCUCACUAUAAUCCAGACUAAUGCUUGGGGGGGGUGCUGUAGAGACAGGACGCCUUAGGAAUAUACCGCUUCACAUUUUCUCGCAAACUGGACCAAAUAUCAAAGCGAACCUGUUUUGACCAUAGCGUUCAUUCCCGAAAGUGUCAAAAUACGUUUGUGAAUGUCAGAAUAGUAAUAUAAACUGUCUUAAGAAUAAUUCUAUGUAUUAUGGCAGUGUAAUUUUUUUGUCACGAAGGACAUUAAAAGGAUUUGCAAAAUUGAAUAAAACAUUUAGGAUAUUUAAUUGAUUUAAAAAAAAAAAUCUGAAUGCAAUUGUGUUUUUAAAAAAAAAACCUUUUCUAUUUCUAAAUGGAGAUUUUCAUGCUUCAGAGGGUUUCUAGUUACAAAAGUAAGCCUUGGAAACAUCAGAAACACAACCACGGGCUUGGCACUAACCCAUGGCAAUGUGUAUGUAAGUAUGUCUGCAGUUUUACACAGCUUCCAGCAUACCAUAGGCUCUUUGGGGGGUGGGGGUGUCUGCUUUCAGUGUUUGAUUCUUCACUAUUAAACGUAGAAGAUUCCAGAACAGAGGGCGAAGUGGUUGUGCAGUGGCUAGUGUUGUCACCUCAUACCUCUGGGGCCGUGUCCAGUUCAUGUCUCCAGCCUGUUCUCCCCUUUCUGAGGCGUCCUCCAGUUCGGUCCCCACAGUCCAAAAAACAUGCAGAGGUGAACUGGAGUUACCAAAUUGUGUGUGCGUGCGCCCUGUGUUGGGUUGGUGCCCCAUCGUGGGUUAUUCCCUGCUUUGUGCUGGUAGGCUCCAGACCCCCCCCCCCAACUCUGUGUAGCACAAGCAUGUAUACAAAAUAGAUGGAAGGUUCCAACACAGCUACCUAUGUAGAAGCCACAUCCUCUAUGCUGACCAAAAAAAAAAAAGGAAUGUUCCGGUAAAUUAUUAAAAAAUUAUCUCAGUUUUGGUAGAACUAGUGAAGGUAUGAAAGGGAGAAAAUCACAAUGAUCCCACCACCAUAAUAAAGGUUAAAUUUGAACAGAAUUCAUCUGAAACUGAAAUAGGUAUCCUCUUAUAAUUACUACAAACCGGUGUUUCUCAACCCAGUCCUCGACCCCCCCAGACAGUCCAUGUUUUUGGCAGGUGCUGGGAGGGAGCAAAAACAUGGGGGGGUCCCUGAGAUCUGGGUUGAAAAAGACAGUAUUUUAUUUAUAAAGAUGUAAAUACCAAAAUGUGAACUGACGACCGAUUGGAGUGUUGAGUUUUUGUUGGUAUUGAUAUUGGGUUUUGUCCAUUGUUACUUAUAAAAUUUUUGUAUUACAGACUCCAAAACCAUUCACCCAUUGUAAAAUAAUGUGGUUUCCCCCAACCCAAGACACUGAAACGUAGCUGGAUGAGCCACCUAGCUCUGUGCUAAAUGUGAACAUCUUUUGUAUCAAUAACUGGAGAGUAUAAAAUGUUAUUGUGGAAUAUUACAACAAAACUGUUCUUAAAUAGCAGUGAAUUAAGUCUUAUUUAUGCUGUUUAUACGUAUUGGUCUGACAUUUCCUUAACUAAUGCAGUGUGACAUUUUCAAAUAGAAAUGACCUUAUGCUAAUAAACAGGACAAGAGAUAUGCUUGAGCGUGAAGGUUUGCUUCAAGCAGUGUCCUUCAUGAAGACAGACACUUAAGGUUUUUUAUAUAACAGUUUCAUUUCCUGUGUCACUUUUGGAUGAUUACUAAUAAAUACUGCAUUAUUUUAUAUUAAAAUGCUAUUUUUAACCAGUCGCAUUCAAAAAUGCUUGUCAUUCCAAACAUUAUUUCAUGACUGCUACUGAUUGAACUAAUCCGUACAGCAUUUAAAUUAUGUAGAUCUUGAACACACAAACUCAUUUCUGAAUGUACACUAUUAUAAAAUAUCAAACCAAUAUGACUGACCCAAUUACGUGAUGAUGAGGGGACCUGUGGACACAACUCCUUUCCUCUGGAACCUAAAUUUGAGAUAGAGACACUAAUCAUAGGAGUAUGCACCUCUGCUUUUCUUACUGUACUGUUGUCUUUUGCAUUCAACUAAGAAACUGCAGGACAAAUAGAUUGUUGUCUUGGCAGAUGAUACGUCUUACACUUAAGUAUUAAACAGCCUAUUAAUGGCCACAGACUUUACUUUUAGGUGUGAAGAAUGAUGCUGGCAAGGAAACCUAAUUGAAGGACAUUGUGGAUUCUGAGAAUGACUACUAUCAGAUGUUGCAUAACUUACAGGGGGUGGUUCACGAAUGACUCGGGCAGUCGCUUCCCAUUCAUUGUUUUCAAAUUCAUUUCUCAAAUACGUGACACCGUUUAGACGGUUCCAUUAUUUUUGUACGGUCAUUAUUUGAAAAUGAACACUGCAUUUCUAAAUAGGACAACGAAAUCUUUUAGGCAGCAAUAAAAACAUCUCAACUCUACAUAGUUAUUGUGAGAUACAGAGGUAUAUAUAUAUAUGUACGUAAACAAAUCCAUACAAAAGUUGGAACAAAAUUAAAAACUUAAAUUAA